AUGGCCCCUUCCGUUCCAUCCUCGAAUGACUUUCCAACGCAGCUCAAACCCGUCGUCCACCUGCCACCAAACAACACUCCAACCAAUGUCAUUCUCUUUCUACCCGGCCUGGGCGACACGGCCACCAACUUUUCAUCCUUUCCAAGGGCCCUUAAUCUGCCCGAUGCAUUGACGGUCACCUUGAACCCACCGUUUCCCUUGCCCUUCCCCCUGGGACCCGGCGAUCACUGGUCUGAAGAUCUCCAGGUUGAUCCGGCCACCGGCGAACUUGAUCAAGAUUCCCCGGUUGCACGGGCUGUACAAAUCAUCGCCCACGACGUCAUUGUCGACGUCCUGAUCACAAAAUUCAAGUAUAGAGCCGACCACAUUCACUUAUUUGGUUUUGGCCAGGGUGGCUCGGUCGCUGUCUCUGUGCCCUUGCAUUCGUCAUUGUCGUCGAUAUCUUCUCUUGGCGGCGUCAUCUCCAUCGGAGGAUAUCUGCCUCAGUCGACAGCAACCACCAGUUCUACAAAAAAUAGAACACCCAUCUUGCUAUUAUCAGGUUCCAGAUCUGCCUUGGCAUCACCGGAGUCGAGUCCACUGAAACGUGUCAAAUCAGCCUACGAGUUUGUCACAUACCACCAGUGGAAAAAAGCUGAUGACUCGAUGCCUAAAAACCGAGACGAAGUGCUCCCGCUGAUGCAAUUCUGGGCACGGAGACUCAAGAGCAGACGGGGUGUGCCAGACGACGCGGUCGAGAUCAGUUGA